UUGUUUUGAUUGUCAGUCGGGAUCUAAUUUCGAGUAGUAAAUAUUUUAAAUUACAAUGAAUCAAGUAACCUAAUUAAUAUUCAUGAUCCGCAAGGUGCUUUCACUGACCUGCCUUCACGCUAAAAGCAUGGGACGUUUUUUCUAUGCCGUAGGAAGAGGCAAACAGACGGGAGUCUUUCCAACAUGGGGUGAGUGUGAACUUCAAGUCAAAGGGUUUCCUGGGGCCAAGUUCAAGAAAUUUGGGACGGAAGCGGAGGCUUGGGACUUUGUGGAAGCAACAAAUGACUGCAGCUCUGCACCAAAAUCAUGCAGCUCUGCACCAAAACCAUGGAGCUCUUUUCUGGCAAAAGGUGUCUCUUCAACUGCUUCUAGUUCCAAACGGUCUUACUCCGCUGCUCCUCUUAAGCGUUUGUAUUCAACAGACUCGGUAGACCCAUCACUUAAAAAGAAACGACGUACUGCAUCAGCCUCAACAGCACCAUCAACUUCUGGAUACUCUAGUGACAAUCUGGUAGUGUAUACAGAUGGAGCGUGCAGUCAUAAUGGAUUCAGUGGAGCAAAGGCAGGAUUAGGAGUUUACUGGGGUGAUAAUCAUCCGCUCAAUACCAGCGCUAGAUUAGAAGGAAAACAGACCAAUCAGAGAGCAGAGCUUACAGCAGCCUUGAGAGCACUAGAACAGAUCAAUGAACACCAUAAAAGAAGGAAAGUGACAUUAUACACAGACAGCAAAUACACAAUCAACUGUGUUACAGAUUGGAUUCACCGAUGGAAAAAGAAUGGCUGGAAGACGGCACAGAAGACUGAUGUCAUUAAUAAAGAAGAUCUGGUCAAAUUAGAUAAACUCAACAGAGAACUCGAUGUCAAAUGGGAAUAUGUCCCAGGUCACAAGAACGUGUAUGGAAACGAGAGAGCAGACAAACUGGCCAGAGAGGGCGCUGCACAACCCUUGCUGGGAAACUCAUGAUGAUAUAAGAUAACUCAAAAGAAAAUAUAUUUGAUGAUCAGGAUAUCUAAAGAUUAUUUAUUUUGCGUUACUGUUCUUUCAACUUAGUAGAGUAUUAAACAUGAAUUGUGAUGUAAUACUCAAAAGAGAGGUUUGAAAUGCAGUAUUUGAGUUGAAGAAAUGAAUCCUAAGAGGAAAAUGUGUCAAGACUUUAUUUUCAAUGAAAGUUAGUUUUUAUAACAAUUUCACUACCAAGAAGCAUGAAAAAUGGGCUUUACUUCGAGAAAAAAAUCCGCAAAAAUGACCCUUUAAAAUGGGUAGGGGUUUUGAGGCUUCAGCACCUCCGAGCUGUGAAUGUAAAUCUCUAUGUUUAUACACAGUUCAUGCAUUCUGCUCAUUGCUUUUGUCUUUACAAACGAUUUUGGUGACGUGGUUUUCAUUUAGAUUAAUAAAAGCCAGUAAAACAUCAACAUCAAAAGCAGCUAAGAGAGCCCUGUAAAUUCCUUGACCAGUUUGAUGAACUGAAACUUGCCUUAAUUUGCCAUUUUGUUAGCUCUUCUUUUCUUUUCUUUUUCUCGACAGCAAAACAACAUUUUAAUGAGAAGAGUUUUGAGCAUCAUUAUUCACUUGACAUACGUAGAUAUAUUAAAUAAACUGGAAAAAAAA